UGUGUGUGUGUGUGUAGAGGUCGGGGCUCUCCGGUGUACCUUUGAUCACGGCCUGUGUGACUGGAUGUCCGACAGAGAAGGAGAUCUCCACUGGGCGACUGUUCACAACCCCGCAGGUGGGCGCUACCUGUCGGUGCCGGAGCUGAAGGCGGGUCAGAGGAGCGUCCGCGGCGCCCGACUGGCCGUCCAGAUAUUCCCGCCCUGGAGCCACGGCGACCUGUGUUUCUCCUUCUCUCAUUGGCUGACGGGGCAUCAGGUGGGCGUGCUUCAGCUGUUUGUCAGGAAAAGCGGACGCAGACCAAAGGUAUAGCCCCGCCCUCUGGAGCCGGACAGGUGGGCACGGCUGGAGACACACACAGGUUACCUUGACGACGCGCUCUUUGAACAAGGUGCUGUUGAAGGCCGAGCGGAGGAAAGGACGGCGAGGACAGAUCGCUGUUGAUGAUGUCACGCUGAGACAGGGGGCGUGUCGAUGACGUCGCAGCAGAGCGAGGACACUUAAAGGACCUUCAGUUUCUUUUAAAGGAAAACAAACAAACAAACAAACAAACAAACAAACA